AUGUCAUCAAGUGGUGAUACAGCCCAAGAGGAUAACUCAAGGCGUGAAGGGAGGAGGAGUCCCAGUACACGACCUCCGAACCUGGUAGAGUUUGUCGACAGCCAGGAUCCCAACGUCAGGAGUGCCAUCCAGAGGCACACGGCAUAUCACUCAGCUGCGCAACGUCGAGAUGCACGCUCACGACUCCUCCGUCGCUCAAGUCAAAGCCGUUACCUCGAGUGGGGCAGACGCCCUCCUAUGUUAGAAAACGAACUUACGACAUCUUCAACCAGCAGCGCGAACAGUUCUCUUUCGAUUUCACCUACACGAUCCGGGUCAGAAAGGCCUGACUUGCCUAGCCGCUCGUCCAGCAAUCAAACAGACCAGGAGUCAGACAUAUCUGCCACUCAAUUCAGCUCUUUGACUGUCGGCGAAGACACCCCAUUGACGCCCAGCCCCGCGAUCUCUGUGGAUGAUACAGUCUUGCAAUUUUGUGAGUGCCCUCCAGAGCUUUCUAGAUGUUUCGUGCACGGUUGGCACAUCGAUACUAAUGAUAUCGUUCCUCCAGACAGUAACACGUUUUGCUCGCACUAUCGGAAUCGGAACGUGCUCGAAUCAGCGAUGACUUUCAUGCGAGAGCACGAAGCUCCACGACAUUUCCUACUUGCUUACAUUUACGGCCUGCGAUGGACGCUGCAGUCGAACCCUCAGGACCAGGUUGAUGCACAGUCGCAUCUUGGAAGAGGAACGAAUCUUCUGUGGAAUCGUCUUCAGACGGCUGGCCAUGCAAGCUCUGAUGCCAACAUCCAGGCAGUUCUCCUGUUGAUUGCAUAUACGGCCGACUUUGGGCAAUCUUCUGAGGUACAGGUCCAUAGAGAUGCGCUACGGACUAUGGUCGAGCAACGUGGGGGCCUCGAUACGUUUGGACAUAACCCGGUGCUUCAACAACAGUUGUGGGCCAUCGAACAAUCGAGGGAGUUCCAUCUCACAUUCGAUUGUGGGCAACCAUGUCAGAAUGCGUUAAGAUUUCCUGAUGGUCUUGGAUUACGCACAGGGACAGAGGUAGCAUGA